AUGCCUUCGCGAGUAGCCAGUACCCCUCGAAUAGUAUCUAGUGCUGAUCUGGUCUUAGCACAGUUAAGAACAAGACUGAAAAGAAUCCAAGAGAUUUACUGCUCAUCAGAAAAGCUUGGCUCGAGCAAGACCACGAGAUUGUUUGAUAGAGCAGGGAUAUUGGAAGCUUACGUAAAGAAUAUCCACGGCCACGGGUUUAUUACGGAAACCCUUGUAGAUAAAUCAAAAAACACCAUCAUAUUAAUAGAAAGAAGUCAAGUGCAAGCUGAAGAAGAGAGCAAGCUUGAAUACGUAAUAUUUAUAGCUCAAACAAGGAUAGACAGUCAGGUGUGUGAACAUUCAUCAGAGCUACGGAGCACACCCAAGACCAAACGAACUGAAAGACGAGGGCUACAGAGACUAACAAAACUGAACUUGGAUUUGCUUAUUGUGAAUUGCAAAUUCAAGUAA